GUUGCGGUGGAGGUCUUGUCAUGUAAAAGCUAAACGCAGGUAGUGUGGUGAAGCCGUAUCACUGAAAAUGAAACAUAGUAAUAAUACGAAGUAUGAGAAACUGUCGCAGGCACGUGCCGACAAGUGCUAUGAAGACUCGGUAGGAAGCCCAGAAAGUGGAAGUAUAAAUUUAAGUGAAGUGGAUGAGCACUACAUGUGGCUCAUAACAAAUGAGGCGAGCACUCUCGGCACUGAGGAGGUGGCAGCACGGCUGCGCACCGACCUUCGGACUGGCCUCCGAUGGCGGGAGGCAGAGCUUCGGAGGCAGCUGACUGGCUAUAAUGAACUGACUGUCAAAGAAGAGGAGCCUACAUGGAAGAAAUACAUUGAACAGUUCAAGAAUCCUCUCAUUUUGCUGCUAUUGGCUUCAGCGGGAGUUAGUGUGUGUAUGAAGCAGUUCGAUGAUGCUGUCAGCAUAACAGUGGCCAUUCUCAUCGUUGUCACGGUUGCAUUUGUGCAAGAGUAUCGCUCUGAGAAAUCUCUAGAAGAACUAACAAAACUUGUUCCUCCAUCAUGCCAUUGUCUCCGAGAAGGCCAACUGGAGACAUUUUUGGCAAGAAAUCUUGUACCUGGUGAUAUUGUUCAUCUGAAUGUUGGAGACAGAGUGCCAGCAGAUAUAAGACUCUUUGAGGCAAUCGAUCUGGCUAUAGAUGAGAGCAGUUUUACUGGAGAAACAGAACCUUCAAACAAGAUUACUGCUCCCAUUCUAAAAAGCAAUGGUCAUUCAUCCAUGAAAAACAUUGCAUUCAUGGGGACACUCGUAAGAUGUGGAAAUGGAAAGGGGAUUGUAGUAAAUACAGGUGAAAAAUCUGAAUUUGGAGAAGUAUUUAAAAUGAUGCAAGCUGAAGAAGCACCUAAAACACCUUUGCAGAAAAGCAUGGAUAUCUUAGGAGCACAAUUGUCAUUCUAUUCAUUCUGCAUCAUUGGAUUCAUAAUGAUUCUUGGCUGGUUUCAAGGCCGGCCUAUUCUUGAUAUGUUCACCAUUGGUGUCAGCUUAGCCGUUGCUGCUAUACCAGAAGGCCUCCCCAUUGUCGUGACUGUGACACUGGCCUUGGGAGUAAUGCGCAUGGCGAAAAGAAAUGCAAUAGUCAAGAAGUUGCCUACAGUUGAAACCUUAGGGUGUGUAAAUGUUAUAUGUUCAGAUAAGACUGGCACUAUCACCAAGAAUGAAAUGACUGUUACUGUCAUUGUAACUUCAGAUGGAUAUUUGGCUGAGGUCUCAGGUGCUGGCUACAAUGAUCAGGGAGAGAUCCAUAUUCACAAAUGUGACAGUGUAGAUCGUGCCAGAGAAUCCAUAUAUACAUUGCUGGAGGUUGGCUGUGUAUGUAACAAUGCUGUGAUACAUUCUGACACACUUCUGGGUCAGCCAACAGAAGGUGCCCUGCUAGCAGCGGGCAUGAAGCAUGGGAUGUAUGGAGUGGCAGACAAAUAUGUUAGACUCCAAGAGUACCCAUUCAGUUCUGAACAGAAGAUGAUGGCUGUGAAAUGUGUGCCUAAGUAUGGUGAUAAUAAAGAGGAGACAUACUUUGUGAAAGGAGCUCUUGAGAAAGUUCUGCAGCAAUGUACAAAAUACUUAAUAAAUGGUACAGUACAACCCCUCAAUGCCAAGAAAGAGCAGGAAUAUCUUGCUGAAGCAUAUGAGAUUGGCAGAAAGGGUCUCAGAGUGAUGGGAAUGGCAAGAGGCAGUUCACUUCAAGAUUUGGUGUACACUGGCCUAGUGGGCAUCUGUGAUCCACCCAGACCAUUUGUACGAGAAUCAAUACAAACACUAGUGCAGUCUGGUGUGAAAGUAACGCUAGUAACAGGAGAUGCACAGGAAACUGCAACUGCUAUAGCUUCAAUGAUUGGCCUAGAUACUAUCCACAGCCAGGUUCUGUCUGGAGAUCAGAUAGACUCAAUGACUGAUCAUCAGCUGGAACAGAUAGUGAACAGUGUUAGCGUGUUUUACAGAGUCACUCCACGCCACAAACUAUGUAUAGUUAAGGCAUUUCAGAGGAAUGGCAUGAUUGUUGGAAUGACAGGAGAUGGAGUAAAUGAUGGCGUAGCUCUGAAGAAAGCUGACAUUGGAAUUGCAAUGGGAAAGAAUGGGACUGAUGUGUGCAAAGAAGCAGCAGACAUGAUUCUUGUUGAUGAUGAUUUUCACACCAUUAUAUCUUCAAUUGAAGAAGGGAAGGGUAUAUUCUACAACAUCAGAAAUUUUGUCAGAUUUCAACUGAGUACAAGUAUAGCAGCUCUUUCACUUAUAGCACUUUCAACUUUGAUGGGAAUACCAAAUCCCUUAAAUGCAAUGCAGAUUCUGUGGAUUAAUAUUAUUAUGGAUGGCCCACCAGCUCAGAGUCUUGGCGUUGAACCAGUAGACAAGGAUGUCACCAAACAAAAACCUAGAAAUGUUAAGGAGCCAAUGAUCACCAAAUCACUUAUACUGAAUGUGCUGUUGUCAGCUCUUAUAAUUAUAGCUGGAACCUUAUGGGUUUUCAAGAGAGAGAUGAGCGAUAAUGUUAUAACACCAAGGGACACAACAAUGACAUUCACAUGUUUUGUAUUCUUCGACAUGUUCAAUGCCCUUAGCUGCCGGUCACAGACUAAAUCAGUGUUCACAGUUGGUCUCCUGAGUAAUAAAAUGUUUCUGCUUGCUGUGUCACUUUCUGUGUUAGGUCAGAUGCUUGUUGUCUAUUUCCCACCCCUUCAGAAGGUGUUCCAAACUGAAGCUCUUACACUUACAGAUAUUUUGUUCCUCGUCAGUCUGACGUCAACGGUGUUUGUUGUUUCUGAGCUGAAGAAGUUUAUGGAGAGGCAUCUGGAGAAGCGUCAGAAGGCUUUCAAAUCUGAACUUGACUUCGUAUGACAGUUAAGAAAAACCAGAAGCAAGGCCCGAGUCGACUAAAAUAUACAGUCACAGAACUGGUACUGUCAGUAUACAGCCCAGUCUCUGUCUUGAGGUGGUCUCUUCUGGUACAAAAAUCAAAAUGAGAAAGACUUUAUUGGUGAACCAUUCAGAAAAUCCAUAAUAGUGACUAGAAUUUUGUGGCAUUUGUUGGUGACUAAGGGAAACUUCAAUUAUUUGUAUAUUUAUUUUUCAUUCAUCAUUUUGCAUUAUUUAUAUUUUUAUAAGCACUAGUUAACAUUCAUGCUGUCAUAGAAGUUAUUGAAGUUUCCUGUGGUAAUGCUUUUGAUAAGUACCAUUGAUGCAUAUUCUACAUAGUUAAAGGAUGCAUAAAUUAUUUACAUUUUUUGAGAGUAAUGUGCUUUUGCAUUGAAUUUUUCUUAUUAAUUUGUACUUUAUUUAUUAGAUACAAGCAACUGAAAAAAUAACACUGCAGGUGGAGCUGUGAUGGAGGAAUGCAAGAAUUGACAGUUACUUACUUGAAACAAAAGCAAAGUGAACUGUUACAUCAUUGAACAGUGGUGUGUCUCUCUUGCCCAUUUUUAUUGUGAUAUACAGGGGACACUAUACAGUGGUUGUGUGUGUUUCCUUCCUUUGAGUAUUUUUUCUAACUUUGUAAAUCUUUAAUGAACAUUAUAAUCUUAUAGAUGGUAGAUGAUUCUGAAAAGUGAUUGGUGCUUUCUGUAAAUAUUUGCAGAUGAUAAACUGUGAAUGAAGUUUUAAGGAGCUAGCUGUGCAAGACAUCUGUCACCAGCUUAAAAAUUGCUUAAUGCCACUAUAAUGUUCUUUGUAAAAGGAUGUUUCUAUAAAGGGCCAAGCCCUAAAUAGAUGCAGCCUUAUAUAGCGUGACCAGGUCCUUAUUGAGGAGAGCUGGGAGAACAGUGUUAUACCUGUAUGUCAGUUUUCUUCUUUACCAUGCUUAAAAAUUUCAACAUUAGUAUUUUAAUAUCAUUCCCUAUAACGUUGUCUUCUUAAUUUCUGUUCUCAGCUGUGAUAAAAUGAUUUAAUCUUAAGAAGAUCCAUCUUUGCAACUCUAGGUAUUUGUGCCUAUUGAUUUUAUAUCAUAUCAACCUACAGUUGAAUUCAUUGUAAUGUGUAUUAAUAAUUGCACUUUCCAUAUUAUUGGCCUGUGGAGUUCUGGUUUUGCAUUAUAAAUGAAGAUAAUCAUAACAUUUUAUUCAGUCUCAUUUUCAAAAAUAUAUUUGCACAAGAAUGAAUACUGGCCAGCAAAUUCCAAAAUUGUAGCCGAAGAUUACUGUCUAGCAUAAUGUGCAGAAGAAAAUGGUUAGUGAGCUCCUGUUAUAAUAUGUGUUUCUUGCAGAAUAAUAGCCAAGUGUUUUAAUCGCAAUGAAGUUCACUGGUAGUUACCUUACAUAGAUCAGAGUUGCAGAACUGUAGUUUCUAGUGCAUUUCUUAUAAAACACAGAUGUGAAAUUUCAUGUAGUGGAAGAAUUCAAAAGAUUCCUGUAUUGCAGUUUGUACUGUAAGACAUUCUAUAAAACUAUCCUGUGGUUAUAGAAGUACGUCACCUUAAUGUGUGGCCAAGGCACUACUAAUAGAAAAGUAACUGAUUUCCACUAGUUAAAUAAUAGUAAACUGCAUCUAUGCUUUAGAACUUUUCUAGAUUACACAAAUGUGAUAACUGAAUAUAUUAUGUUGAGAACUAUUGACACUAUUUAGAAUCAUUUAAUGUUGUCAGUAUAUGUGUGGGGUGACAACUGUGUGUGAUAUAGUAAGAUAGUUUUUGUUGACAUUCAUUGUUCCAUGUGUUGUGUGUAGGCAUAAGUACAGAGCGCCUUCUCAGUAUUUCUAUUCUUCUAAUUGAUCUUUGCACUGUUACCUGAUGUUACAUCUUUAAUAAACUGUUGUUCUGAGAAGUAGGUUAUACCAUAAUGAUUCUUUUAUAAAUACAAUAUGUUUGACUCUGGGGUUGUUUUCUUGAUUUUCUUAAAAUGCAUUUAUGAACUGUGGAACAAAUCCAGAAAUUUAGUUAUAAUACUGUAAUUUCUUGUCACAAAGUGAAGGCUACGACAGUGUUAAUAUUUUAGUUGGUCACGAGUACUUAACUAGGUCUUUUGAUAAAACAAGACUUACUUGUGCGUGAGACAGAUUAUUGAUUCUUAAAUUUAAUAUUUUAGAUUAUUUCAUAUUUACAGAAGAUUGGAAGUAAAUACAUUUCUUUUAUGUAGAAUUUGUUGUCCUGGAUGAUAAGAAAAACAGUAAAUAGAUCGAAAAACUCAAGAAUCUGUUGCUAAGUAUUGGUUGACAUGUUCCAUUUUACUUUAUGUGAGAUGUCUGUGAAGAAAUUUUGCGUCUUUUUCAGUACUAUUCAGACAAAGAAUUGUGUACCUUUUAAUAACUGAUCAGAUUAUUGAAUAGCAGUUGUAAUUGUAAAAGUGUACUUACUAGAAAUAAAUGUAUAGCAUAUUUUUCAAAAGUACUAUAAUUUACAGAGUGCAUGAUGUAGUUCUGACCAUAAUGGGUUGUAUGGAAGUAUUAUUCAAAUUACAGCAUUUGUAAAUGCCAAAGUUCUCUCUUCUUGAAAUACUGAAGUAUGUUAUUUAAGAAAAAAUUAGUACUUUUCCAUUUGGACUUGAAUUAAAAAGCGGGUUUCUAGGAAAGUGUCCAUAGCUAAUUUAAGAGUAAUAGCACUUGCUUGAUAAAUUAUCAGUUUUCCAUAGCCUUUUUCUUAUAUAAAUUGUAGAAGCUUAGUCUGUAUCUGUUUCUUUUUGUAUGUGAUGUUUUCAUGAACAGUGUUUGUUUGAUAAAUAUGCAGCAAAUUUUCUGUAAUUUUCUUUUUCAAGCCUGCUAUUGACCUGAAACAUUGUACUGUUCAUUUGAGCUGUUGAAGUUCCUCAUGGAAAGUGGCUCAUGAUACACCAGGUCUGUCUGUUGUUGUGGUCUUCAGUCCGAAGACUGAUGCUGCUCUCCAUACUAAUCUGUCCUGUGCAAGCUUCUUCACCUCUGAAUAACUGCUGCAACACACAUCCAUUUGAAUGCCCUUACUGUAUUCAAGCGUUGGUCUCCCUCUACAAAUUUUGGCCAUCCCAGACUUCCUUUCAUUACCAACUUGAUGGUUCUUUCAUGCCUCAGGAUGUGCCCUAUCAAAUUAUCCCUUCUUUUAGUCGAGUUGUACCAUAAAUUUCUUUUUCCCAAUUAACUUCAGUAUCUUCUCAUUUGGUAUUUGACCUACCCACCUGGAUCUUCAGCAUUUUUCUGCAUCACCACGUUUUGAAAACUUCUAUCUUCUUCUUGUCUUAAUUGCCUAUCGUCCACAUUUCACUUCCAUACAAGGCUACAGUCCUGGCUAAUACCUUCAGAAAAGUCUUUGUAACACUUGAAUUUAUAUUAGAUGUUUACAGAUUCCUCUUUUUCGGAAAUACUUUCCUUGGUCAGACAGUAUAAAACAUAAAAGCCACAAAAGCUGAGUUUUUUUCCAUUUUCUUCCUUUUUCAAUUGUCAGGUGUGUCAACUUAUCAUUAAUUCUGAUGUUAUAUUUACAUCUUCAUUUCUGUGCAACAUGCUGUAGAGGAAGUAAAUCAAUGCAGCAAUCUGUAAGUGGUACAUACAAUGGGUCUGGUCACAAAAGACUCUGACGUUACUGGUGUACUUCAUGAAAAAGAUGCAACUAAAUUCCAAACUUUUCAAACCAAGUUUUAUUACUGUAUCUCUGUAGCCUCUGAGAAAUGAACCUGUAGUUCUUAUUUUGAAGCUUGAGAUUCAGUAUUUUUGCAAAGUGGGCUUUCAUUUUUACUUGAAUUCACUUGCCUUGAAUUUUUGUUCUUCGAAUUACAUUUCUACUUUUGUAGCUGCUAAUUCUUAUGAAUUUGUUCUAUGUAUUUAUUAUUAUAAAAUCCUAUCAAAUUGCUCCAAAAUAUUGUAGGGAAUCCUGAUAUUUCUAAAGUUAAUUUUAGCUUCACAGAACUGGCACUUCAGUUCCUUUUGUCAGGAAACCAUAUGUAACCUAUAAUUUCAGUAACCAUUUGCUUGAAUUAACACUGCUUGCUUUUUUGGCAACAGUGGAAAAUGGAAAUGAGCGUUUGGCGUAAUUGGCUGGGAGGCCCCUUACAGGGCAGGUCCGGCCGCCUUGGUGCAGGUCUUAUUGAUGACCAUUUGACUGUUUAUGAUGGAUACUGUUGUGGAAAAAUUACAUUUCUUCAUUGGAGUAUGCUUAGCAGUUUUAAUUGUAAACAUAAACUGCUUGAGCUGGAAAUGUUAUCAGAUUGUGCCUACAAAAUUGUAGAAAGUUUGGGUACAAAGUAAUAUACAGACUUCCUUUUAGUAAAAAUUACAUUUGUAUGACAACUUCAUUAUUUCAAGUGAAAGAAAGAGGCAAAUGAGUUUGUCUGUUAUGUUUAUUUUUUAAACAAAAUUUGUGUUACCUGCCAACAAAGAGUGAAAUGGCAUUGUAAACUCUGACCCAUUAUCUAUUUUCAGCAAAGAAGCGUGUUGUUGAAGAUAUUUUACUUUAUUGUACACUUAUGAUACCUUCUAACUGAUAAUCAUGAAGUCAAUUUUUUGUUUCUUUUGUUGUUAAAUAGGCAUUUAUGUGACUGUAACUUGGUUUUAGUUUUACGCAAGAAGACAAAUUUGAUGGUAAUAUUCUGAUCUGCAAUUGGUCACUGCAUUUCAGGAGUAAAGCCUUUCCCACCCCCCCACCCUCCUCCCCUCCCCUCCCCUCCCGAAGAAACAGAACUUGAGAAUACUGUGACAGCCUUCUGUAUAUUACUGUAUAGAAAUAAGUAGUUCUAAUUUGGUUCACCUCAAUUUUGUUGACAGUACACAGUUAUCAACACUUUUUAAUUAAUGUUUCUUUUUAAAAUCUUCUUUAGUUUAUAUUUCCUGUUUAAAAAAAAGUGUAAGGUUUCUUAUAAAAGUACCUUUACAAAAUCUGUAUAAUAGUAGAAAGUCCUUGGUGGAAUGCAAACAGUGGCAUAAGGAGAGGGCGGUAUAAUUGUGGGGAGGGGGGGGGGGGGGGGGG